UUGAUUGAUGGACUCAAUUAAAUUAAAUUUAUGCAUUUUAGCAGACGCUUUUCUAAAGCGACUUACAUUGCAUUUAGGCUAACAGUUCUCUAUCUACUAUCAUGUUUUCCCUGGGAUUUGAACCCCCAACCAAUGCUCUACGAGUUGAGCUACAGGAACACAAUUAAAAUAACUUAAUUUGAUGAACAUUUUGGGGAAUAAAUCAGGGGAUUAAAAACUUUCAAUAUAUAAUGCGUUAUUUAAAGGAUAAUAGAAUUUAGGGAGGAUCAGUAGGUGGCGGUAAUUCACCUAAAAGUUGUUUGCCACCCGACAUUAAACGCCAAGAAGAAGAAGCGCAUGCCGGCUGAGAUUGAGAUUGAAAUGUGCAGACAGACGCAAUGACGGCGAUCUUUUUCUUUAGUGUGGUGGUCUUUGGAUGUCUUGGGCACGGUUUUCUCCAAGUUAAUGAAUAUAUCGUCUCAGUGUCUGUGUCAGAGGGAGAUUCAGUCACUCUACUCACUGGUAUUAAAAAAAACCAAGAAGACAGAAACAGAUGGUACUGUAAUGACACUCGCAUCGCUCAAAUCAAUGGAGAUCGUAGUAAGACCUGUACAGAUGUUCAGUGUAAUGAAGGGACUGAGAGAUUCAGAGACAGACUGAAGCUGGAUCAUCAGACUGGAUCUCUGACCAUCAGGAACAUCACAAUCACAGACUCGGGACUUUAUACACUGACGAUCAACAGCAGAAGCAAUAAAAAGACCUUCAAAAUUUCUGUCCAUGUUGUUUCUGCUGCUGAACGAGAUACGAUGAAGAGAAAGUCAGUGAAGGAGGGAGAAUCUGUCACUUUAGAUCCUGGAGUAAUAAAACGACCAAUUGAUCCAGUGAGGUGGUAUGUUAAUAUCACUCUCAUCGCUGAAAUCACUGAAGAUCAGAGUAAGAUCUGUGAAGAUGUUCAGUGUGAAGAGAGAUUCAGAGACCGACUGAAGCUGGACAAUCAGACUGGAUCUCUGACCAUCACAGACACCAGAACCACAGACUCUGGAGAAUAUACACUGAAGAUCAGCAGAAGCAGAAACCACUACACUGUCACCAGCAUCAAGAGCAUCACUGUGUCUGUGACUGGUUCAGGUCUGUCUUCAGCUGCUGUAGCAGGAAUUGUUGUUGUUGUUGGUGUUGUUGUAGCUGCUGCUGCUGUGAUUUACUUUUGCCGCAGGAAAACCAGAAAUGCUGAAGAAAGCCCUCAUGAUCAUAGAGAAUCCCAACAGGUGAUGCCAAUAAUGCAGCAACAUGAAGAUGAUUAACCAGUAAUUUUUUUCUUUUUUAAAUUAACUGAAAAUCCACUGUGCCCUUUAUUUUAAAUUCAGUAAUUUUCGAAUGGUAAAUAUCAACACAUUUAUGCGCUUGACUUAUAAACUACAUUUUACAUCAUUGCACUAAUGUUAUUUUGCAUAGAAUACAUUGUUUAACAAUAGUUUUGCAAACUCUAACUGCUGUUCAUAAUGUGUAUAUAUAUAAUCCUAUACUGCUCUGUUCAAAAUGUACAUAUAAUCCCUACAUUGCAUUUCUAUUUAUAUUCUUUACAUAGUCUGCUCAAUUCUGUAUAUAGCAACUCCACUGUAUAUUCUGUAAAUCAUAGCUUUACUUUACACAUGAUAGGUUAAAAUUGAUAGCCUGAAUGCACUGUAAGUCGCUCGGGAUAAAAGUGUCUGCUAAAUGCAUAAAUUUUUUUUUUUUAUUUACUUACUCUGCACUCACUGUAAAAAGGCUCUUCUCUUAUUAUCGCUCAUUAUUGAUUGUAACAGCUUUGAUUCCACAACAAAAGAGUCUGUAUUUUCUAUACAUUUUGUAAGCGUCUCUUGUGAUACUGUGAUUUUGAAUUUUUUUCUUUUUAAUUAAAGAGUUUUAAUUUGACACACACGGAUAACAAAAAUCAGCAUAUGAAUCUCAACAACGGUGACAAACAGCAUAUCCAGAUAAACAGAUCUACUCUGAACAUCACAAAACUAGAUACUAAAAAAGCUCAUAAUUUAUUCAUGCCGCAAUGCAUGAUGGGAGCCAUGGAUGAGUUUUUAUUGGCUACAACAUGCUUUUUUUGAUGGUCACCAUUGUUGUGAUGCAAACACUGAUUCUUGAUCUCUGUGUUUCUAAAGAACUCUUUGUUUAUGUAGAACUAACUUUUGAAAACAUGUCAUAUUAUGCCAGAAAUGCUGGAUCACUUUUUUAUCCACCUAAUUUAUAUACACAAUAAAGAAAUCUGAACUCACGCAUUUAGGUAACUCCUGACAAUUAGUCCAAAACCACAAUCAAGUCCAUAAGAUUGCCUUGGCUCUGGUCUGUCUGUAUGUUACAACUCAGUUACCACAGCCACACAAAAUCUAAAGUUAAUAACUGAAGGGUAAAGAUCCCAACUAAAGCAAACACUGCCCACUAUAAUGGUGAUACACAAAUUGUGAUU